UUUAAUAUCUUUUACGAUAUAGGCUUUUGUGAUCUUCAAAAGCGUCGGGCCUAAAAUUCUGGCCCUAUCGCAAUCCGGGCAUAUCCUGUAUGCAAAAGGGAUCAGUUUGUGCUCAUCCACCUUGGGAUCGCUUGUAAACAAACGCUACCGAUAGCAAUGUCCGGAUAUACCCUGCUCCUGGUUCUCAUCCAUAUGCUGACAGCAGUCGCAUCAGCAUCUUCCUUCACACUUCACGUCAAUAAUUCCGCCGAGCUGGUAUCUGGGGAUGGAUCAGAUUCCUCUCCUUUUCAAAAUCUGGACGAUGCGUUUGCCUUUGUUACUGGCCACCUUUCCAAUUACACCAAAUUUGAAAUUAUUUUAGAACAACCCGGCGAUUAUCCUCUCAAUGGUGAUCCUUUCGCGGACGACGGAGGUUACACGUUUGCCUCUAUAUCGGUUGAUCAACCACUGUGGUUGGAAAUUGUCGGGGUGUCCUCUGCGGUUAUUACAGCGACGCCAACGCUGGCGAGCAGUGACGCCGCGGGCCCUAUGUUCAGCAUUAGCAACGGUGCAACCUUGGCCUUCAAGAAUAUGAUGCUUGGAGUUCCCGGGGAUGCUCCUUAUCUGGACAUUACUUGGAAUUUUAAUGCCGUCGACAAUUCAUCGAUCAUUUUUGAUCGGGUCACAUUUGGCACUUCAGUUACAACCUUGACAGGAGCGUCUACAUUCAUGGUGAACAACAAUGACCAAUCCUCCACUAGCAUGAUGGAUUGUUCAAUGUCCUCGGCUGUGUACCUAUACCCCAUUGUGACUGGCACCUCCACUUUGGAUAUUUCAUCCAUGCGAGCGACCGAUGCACAGAAAUCUGCCUUGACAAUUUAUGCAACAGAUUUUGCUAUCGUUCGGGUUAGUGAUAGCAUCUUCGUCAAUCAGGUCUGCUGGCAAGAGCUACAGGGAUUAGUCUAUACAGAUGGACACGCUGAAGUGCAUUGGAGUAACUCGAUCGUACGCAAGCGCGAUAUGAAUGGGAUGGACACUAGCUUCGACGUUUUUCAGCCGAUGGGAGAUUCUGUCAUGUACAUUUCAAACUCUAGUUUUGAAGAUUUUGGACGGAUAGUUUGGGCUUGGACACAAUCAAGCACAACAAUUUGGAAUUCUACAUUCCUCAACAACUCUGCGGCGUCCGAUAGCAGGAUUGCGCUGGUGGGCCCGGUAUCCCAUCUCACGAUUGACAACUGUACCUUCAUUGCUAAUGGAGGGGGCUUCCAGUCGUAUCAGUAUGCUCCGAUUACGAUUCGUAAUUCAAUUUUCAUAGAUCAUGAGAUUGGAGACUUUGUUGGAACCAUGUUCGACCUUGCGAGAGGGGCAUGGGUGCAGCUUCAAAACGUGAGCAUGACCAGCAGCAGCGAGUUUCCCGUCAAUGUCCCUUCCAUCGUUGUUAUGUACGAUGACUCGUAUUUUGCAGCGGAUGGACUGACGCUUACUGGUUACAAGUGCCUCCAGUGUUUCGAUAUAGAGGAUGCCGGCAAGUUCUACUUAACGAAUUCUACCAUAUCAGCUGUUGAAGCGGAAACAUUGGUAUUCUUCGGCCGCAAACCUAUUGAUCUCAUCACGGGUGUGGAACCCGCCGUGAUAACUACGACUUCAUUUUUCAAUAUACAAGGACAGGUUAUCUCCGCCGCUCUUACCGUCCUUCAUGUUCAGAAUUCAACUUUUGUUAAUAACAACGGAGGCUCUCUCUUGCAACUGAGGGAUACUCAAACAAACUUCUACUUCUCCAAUUGUUCAUUUACUGGCAACACGAGUCCUGAGAAUGGCGCCGUCGCUAGUACCUGCGGGGGGACUCUGUCUUUCAUUGACACCGUUAUUGCCAACAACAGCGCAAACGCUCUUGGUGGGGCAAUAUUCUGCGACUUCGGGAGCGGCCAGCGUCUCGUCAUCAAACGUAGCAAGAUUUCAAGCAACACUGCCAGAGUUGGAGGUGCCAUAUAUAGCGAUAACUUGGCAAGCGCGGAUCAGUUGGUUCUCCAAGAUCUGGUGUUUGAUGCAAAUAUCGCCGUCGCCCGAGGUGGUGCAUGGUACAGCUCCGCCAAAAGUCCACUUGUGGAAGAAGGGGGAAGUAUUGUCUACAACGGCAAUAUGGCGCCUGGUGCUCCUACUCGAGGAACAGGGCCAUUGACGUUAGGUCUGAUAGCUCCUGUGGAGCCGUCGCUAGCGGUUUACUCUGGUGAUAUUUUACCGAAGCUGACUCUGGCUGCGUAUGAUGCUUACAAUCAAACCUAUUACACCGUCGAGGAUGACCCAAUCUUGGUUCUCGAGAUAUCUGUUCUCUGUCCUUAUGGAGUAGAAGCUCAUAACGUGACACUGGUGGGCCAAGCGGAGUCAUUGCUGGUGGACGGGAGUGCGACAUUUCUAGGUUUGUCAGUUUUAACGAACGCCGGUAACUACACCUUGAAAUUUGCGGAGCAACCGGCGCCGGGUAUGGAUACCUCCUCCCUUCAUGAUGUCACCCUUCCGCUAGUUAUCAAAACGUGCGAUCCACCACUCCUCCUCGUAGAAAUUGACGGAAGUCCGUAUCCACAAUGCAGGCCCGCCUUGUGUCCUCGUGGUUGCUCCCCAGCGGGGGCUUGUGUUGCCGACGGAAACUGCACUUGCUCAGUAGACCCCAGCUACGAAGGCUUUGACUGCCGCUUGAAGAAAUCUGUCAAUGAUUCCAUGAGCUUCACAUUCGCAAAUUCCCUGGUUCCCUAUACUAUACAAGCACGCGAUGUCUUGUUCAGCAAUCUCUCGCAGUUGUACCAGCCUGACUAUGCUGUUGUAUAUCGAAGCUUUUCUCCCAGCAUAGACACCGUCGUCUUCAAAUACUCGCUAAUGAAGAUUGCCUCCGACGAUUUUGUCAGCUACCGCGAGCUUCAGAGCAUGAUUCCCGGCACCGUUGCUCUCCUUUCGCAAUUGGGGCUUCCAUCAUCCGAUGCCUCAAUUGUGGCCGGCGACCUUGCAAAUAUAGAUAGAGGGGUACCAGGCAUUGUCAUCAUGGCAAUUGCUGUCCUGGGUAUCUUCCUGACAGCUGGCAGCGAAAUCGUCAUAUUCCGGAGGGGCAAUAACAGUGCUCCUACGUACACUGUCAAUUCGCUGUUAGCUGUGGGCACGGCAUUUCUGUGGGCAUACCCAAUUACCGACGCCGUCGAACCCACCUCAAUUACCUGCAGAACGCAAAUUCUGCUUGUCCCAUUCACCUUGGGAAUUAUUUUGCCAUGGCUUCUUGUCAAAGCUUUUUACUAUCGAUAUUACCUCAUGAACGGUGUAUUGCUGCGGAGAGGGAUGUCACGUUCCGACCGCAAUGCGUUCCUUUCAGUGUUUACAGGGCUCCACCUUCUCUUUUGGGCCAUUACAAUCGUCUGGCUAACUACUGAUCUACCCGUGCCAAAAAUUCAGUAUGACGAGUCUUCUCAACUACGAUAUUGGACAUGCCAGGGUUCCGCGCCAUUUACUCGCUCCCCUCAUCUCUUCACUCUUCUUAGCUUCUCGUGUCUACUGCUGGCCAUCUCAGGCGUUGUGUUGCGUCGGAUCGGCUCCUCUCAGUUUGCAUCUUCUAUUCCAGCGCGCCAGGAUAAGAUGAUCUUCGGAAACGUUUUCAACUUUCUUGUCCUGGGUGCAUUGCUAGUGGGGCUAGUAAUCCCCGAAUUUCUGAACGCAAGGAUCCAGAUUGCUGUUCGAGCAGUUGUCAUAUUUACGGCCGCAGCGACUCUUGUUGCUACCAGCUUCAUUUUCCGCAUGGUGGAAACCAAACGGGAAGGAACUGCGGGAGAAGUGACACAGUCCAUGAUACUUAAAAUCGCCUUUUCCACCAAUCAAUCGCAGAAACCUCAAACGGAGUAUAUUCCUGUAAAGUACAAUAAGAGCUCUCUGGUUUUCUGGUCGGCAGCGGAGAUGGAUCUACAGCUCCCGCAUCUAGUUCUAUAUGAUUCUGAAAGCAAGGCGGGUCGAUUUUAUGACUUGAAGAAAUGUCAGAUAGUAAAAGCUUCAAACUACUGCAUACGGAUAAAACCUAAGAAGCAAAUGGAGGAGUUACACAUUCAGCUGAACUCGGAUGAUGCCGUGAGCGCCUUUCUGCAAAAAGCUGAAAGCUAUUUAAAUCAAGCAAGGAAAGAGCAAAAUCUAUAAGUUACUUGUAGUGUUGGGUGCAUCUACUUGUAUUCUGUAAUCGUCGCCGUCAAUAAAGGAAUGAUCGGG